CAUUUGCGCGCGACGGUGCCGUCCACGCCAGCUGCCAGCUGUGGCGAAGCGGUUGCCGUGUGUGGCCGCUUCCCGGGCGGCUCUGGGAACAUGAGCGGAACGGAGGCGAGGACGCGGCCCUGGAGCGGGGAGGGCGGCCGCAGGCCCGGGUCGCCCGGCGGGCAGGGGGAAGGGGGCGGCCGCCUGAGCCCGCGGGCCCCGCCUCGGCCGCCGCCCGUCUGGGCCCGGCUCUCGCCGCGGGGUCCCGCGAUGGCGGCGCAGGGGGACCUGGCGCAGGUGUCUGUGACCUUCGAGGACGUGGCCGUGACCUUCUCCCAGGAGGAGUGGGGGCAGCUGGACGUGGCCCAGAGGACCCUGUACCAGGAGGUGAUGCUGGAGAACUGCAGGCUCCUGGCGUCGCUGGGGUGCCCUGUUCCCAGACCGCAGCUGAUCUACCAGCCGGAGCCGGACCCGGGGCGGGAGCUGUGGAUGGUGAAGACAGAUCUCUCCCGAGGCGCCUGUCCAGGUGAGAAGGGAAAAGCUAGAAUCACAGAACCCACUACAUGUGAGCUUGCCCUGUCUGAGAGAGCCUCACUUCUGGAGCAACUAACACACGGAGCUGAAUCCCCAGAAGACUUCCAGGUGGACCAAACCACGGAUCAGAAUGGGCCAUUGGAAGUGCGAGAGGGACAGUGGGAAUCAGGGAUAGACCUGCAGAAGGAGAAGCUUCCUAGGAAAUCCCGCGCUGAACAUGGCGGCUGGGGGACAGCGGAGGGUAUUCGUGCCCCUGCACUGCGAGCUCUCCUGGAGCAUGGCUCAUGCAGAUUAGGUCAAGAUCACAUGACUCGGGAAGACGAGAGUAUCUUCAAAUGCAGUGAAUGUGGGAAAGUGUUCAACAAGAAACGCCUCCUGGCUCGACAUGAGAGGAUUCACUCCGGAGUGAAGCCCUAUGAAUGCACGGAGUGUGGGAAAACCUUUAGUAAGAGCACUUACCUCCUUCAACACCACAUGGUCCACACAGGGGAGAAGCCCUAUAAGUGCAUGGAGUGUGGGAAGGCCUUCAACCGCAAGUCACACCUGACACAACACCAGCGGAUUCACAGUGGAGAGAAGCCCUAUAAGUGCGAUGAAUGUGGCAAGGCCUUCACCCACCGCUCGACUUUCGUCCUCCAUAACAGGAGCCACACUGGAGAGAAGCCCUUCGUGUGCAAGGAGUGUGGAAAAGCCUUCCGAGACAGGCCAGGUUUCAUUCGGCACUACAUCAUCCACAGCGGUGAGAACCCCUAUGAGUGCUUCGAGUGUGGAAAGGUGUUUAAACACAGGUCAUACCUCAUGUGGCACCAGCAGACUCACACUGGGGAGAAGCCCUAUGAGUGCAGUGAGUGUGGGAAAGCCUUCUGCGAGAGCGCGGCCCUCAUCCACCACUACGUCAUCCACACGGGGGAAAAGCCCUUCGAGUGCCUCGAGUGCGGGAAGGCCUUCAACCACAGGUCAUACCUCAAGAGGCACCAGCGGAUCCACACCGGGGAGAAGCCAUACGUGUGCGGCGAGUGUGGCAAGGCCUUCACCCACUGCUCCACUUUCAUCCUGCACAAGAGGGCCCACACGGGAGAAAAGCCUUUCGAGUGCAAGGAAUGUGGCAAAGCCUUCAGCAAUCGGGCUGACCUCAUCCGGCACUUCAGCAUCCACACUGGAGAGAAGCCCUAUGAGUGCGGUGAGUGCGGGAAGGCCUUCAACCGCAGGUCAGGCCUCACGAGGCACCAGCGGAUUCACAGCGGAGAGAAGCCCUAUGAGUGCACGGAGUGUGGGAAAACCUUCUGCUGGAGCACUAACCUCAUCCGACACGCCAUCAUCCACACCGGGGAGAAGCCCUAUGAGUGCGGUGAGUGCGGGAAGGCCUUCAGCCGUAGCUCAUCCCUCACCCAGCAUCAAAGGAUGCAUUCUGGGAGAAACCCUGUCAGUGUAACACACGUGGAAAGGCCCUUCGCCAGCGGACAAUCCUCAGUCAACCUCCAAGAACUCCUGUUGGGGAAAGACUUUUUGAAUGUAAACACUGUGGAGAAUGUUUUGCCAGAAGAAUCACCGUACUCAGACUCCAAUCAUUCAUACCAAAGAGAAACCCCAGGGUUGUCGUCCCUGUGAAAAACCCGUUGCAAGAUGUCAGUGGUCUUCUCAUGAGUCAUGUUGGAAACCGACCCCGCCUGGAGCCUUAUUCUACGUGUGGGAGUUUAUUCAGGAGAGAGACCCAGUGGUUAUCAGGCACUUAGAAAACUUCCCACUCUAUCUUUCUCCUUAGUUUACCCGGCAGUGUUAUCUCAGGAAUUUCUUCUUAAAAAGAAGGGAGAGAGUCGGAAGAGAAAAGGAGCUACCCCCAGUUUCUUCAGACUCCGGCCACGCCUAUGGCACUUGGUCAUGGAUUUCUUAGUCUCAUUGGCAGGAGGAGAGUGUUGUGUGAGAGGUGAAGGACUAGGGUCUGUAUGUGUCUUGUGCAUACAUUCACUGCUGUCCAUUGUCCAGAAAGUACACAGUUGAAGGCAGGUCUGAAAACUUUCAAUGAACAUCCUUGUUCUAAAACAUUGUCUGUAUUCUUGAAGAAGAAAAAAAAAUCCUUACCCAAGGACAUGUUCCCAUUACUUGUAGAGAGGGGUGGGGGGAGAAACCCCCAGCGGUUGCCUGCCAGACACACACCAACCAGGGAUCGAACCUGCAACCUAGGCAUGUGCCCUGACUGGGAAUUGGACCCACCGUCUGUCAGUGUAUGGGGCAGUGCUCAGCCAACAGCCACGCCGGCAGGCCACUGUCUCUACUCUUAAGGAGUUUAAUUUUUUUGAGAAAUAUGAAGGCUUGAACCAUAAAUACUUUUUUGUUUGAGGGGAUUCGAGUACACGUAUGGACAGUCACAUUUUAUUGCACCGGGUAACACUGGGUAAGGCUUUGCUUUUUAAAGAACAAAAUGGUUCUUUAAAUGUGAAGACGUGGUUUUUAAGACCCAGUACUGGGACAUUUUUUGGUUCUGUACUGUUGGUUGACUUGAUGGCUAUAGUUAAAUGGUAAAUUUUUUAAAUUGGGUAAAGUGAUUCUUUUAUCCACAUUUUUUUAUUUGAAACUUAUUUAUCACUCCCACUUUAAUUUCUAUGUAAAGUUUUAGAUAUACUUGAUUUUUUUUUUUUACCCCCAAAAUAGCAAGUUUUGAUAGAAAUUGAGUUAAAUUGGCAGGUGGAUCAAUUUGUUGAGAACAGGCAUCUUGACUGCAUUGAGUCUUCCAGUUAUUUAACAUGGUGUGUGUCUAUAUUGCAGCAUUGUUUAUCUCUACUGUUUUAUAAAGGUCAAUAGCAGGUCUUGUCCAAUUUUUAUCAGUCUUUGGUAUUAUACAGAUCAUUUUUGGAUGUUAUUCUGGCAUCCUGCAAACUUUCUGAACUGUAACCAUUUAUGUGUUAGAAUGCUUGGGAUUUUUCUACAAAGAAAAAUAGGGAUGGUUUUUAUUUUUUCUUCUCCUCUCCAUUACCUCUUCUUUUUCCUGUCUUACUGCACUAGCUAGGAUUUCCAAUAUAAUGUUGAGUAGAAGUAGUGAGAAAUAUUAGAGGGGAAACACUCCGUUUUUCAUCAUUACGUCUGAUGUUCGUCUUAGGUUUUCUUCAUAGAGGUUUCUUACCGAGUUCAGAAGGUGUCCCAUGUUCCUCAUUUUCUGAGGUUUUUUGUUAUCUUGAACGGGUGUUGAAUUUUGUCAAAUGCUUUUUCUCUCUUAGUUGAUAUAACCAUGUUUGUUUGCUUUUUUCUGUAGCCUGUUGGUAUGAUAUUUUAAAUAUUUUUUCUUUUCUUUUUUUCCCAUCACCAUUUACCCUAUACCCUCUUCCACUUCCACCCACCCCAUCUUUUCCCCCCUCCCCCCACUCCUCACCACUGUUUUAAAUAUUGAACCAGCUUUCUGUCCUUGGAAUGAGCCCUACUUGGUCAUGGCAUCUAAUUAUUUUUAUGUAUUACAGUAUUCAGUCUGCUAAUAUUUUUACUGAGGAAGAUUUCCUCUAUUUUCACAAAAGAUAACGAUAUUUAGGUUCUUUUCCUUAUUUCCGUUCUUUGGUUUUGCUUGUUUGGCUUUCUGUACUGACUGUCAGUGUCUGGUUUGGGUGUGCAGGUGAUUCCGCCUCCCAGCCAGUGCUGGGAGCUGCUCCUUCUUCUGUUGUUUAGAAGACAAUGCGUAGAAUUGAUUUUACUUGUUCUUUUAAUGUUCGGCAGCGUUCUCCAGAGAAUCAUUUAGUCCUGGAGGGUGUUCUUCUGGAUGCUUUUUAAUUAGGUAUUUAUUUUAUUUAAUAUGGAUAGAACUAUUUAGAGUAUCUAUUGCAUAUUGGAUGAAUUUUCAUUGUCCUUUUCUAGGGAUUAUUCUACUUCAUGUAAAUUUUUUAUUUGCUUCAAGUAUUCUUUUAUUAUUAUUUUGGCAGUAGAAUUUGUUUAUUACCCUGUUUUAUUCCUGAUUUUGAAAUCUUUCAACCCUUUUUAUUUUGUCAGUCUUCUUAGUACUUAUUGCUUUUUUUAUCAUUUCAAAGAACCAGCACUUUAUAUCGGUGUUUGCUUGUUACCUUUCUGUUCCUAAUUUCACAGAUUUCCUGAUCUUUAGUAUAUUCUUUUUUCUACUUGCGUUGGUUGUGUUUUCCUCUAGUUCCUUGAGGUGGAUGCUUAGGUUAUUAACUUGAGAUUAUUUUUUCUAUUGUAAGCAUUAAAUUCUAUCAUUUCCCCCCCAGUGCACUGUUUUAGCUUCAUCUCACAAGUAUUAAUACAUUUUAAUUACAUUUCAUUCAGUUCUAAAUAUUUUUUCGUUCAAGACUUCUUCUCUAAACCAUGGAUUAUUUACAAAGUAUGUUGUUGACUUUUCAAGUGUGUGGCAUAUUUCAUGCUCUUUUUCUAAAAUACUUUUUUAUUGAUUUUUAGAGAGAGAGAAAGAGAGAGGGGUGGAGAGAUAGAGACAUCGAUGAGAGACAUCAUCAAGUAGCUGCUCCUGCCCGCCCCCUACUAGGGAUCGAGCCCUCAACCCAGGCAUGUUCCCUGACGGGGAGUCGGACUGGCAACCUCUUGGUUCGUGGGUUGACACUCAACCACUGAGCCACACCGGCCGGGCUCACACUCUCUUUUUGUUGAUUUCUAGUUCAUUGUGUGUGUGACAUGGCUGUUUAAAUUUGCUGUGGGUUUUUCUUUUAUCAUCCAUUAUAUAGUCUAUCUUGAUGAAUCUUCUGUACGGCUGCUUGAAGAAAAUGUGUUUCCUACUGUUGGCUGGAGUUUCUUUAAAUGUCUACACAGUCCUGUUGGUUGAUGAUGUUAUUCAGAUUUUCUAGAUCCUUGCUCACUUUCUGUGUAGUAGUUCAGUAGUUGAAAGGCGGGUAUUGAAGUCCUGCAGUGUAAUUGUGGAAUUGUCUGUUCCUCCUUUAAGUUCUCUCAGUUUUUACUCCAUGUAUUUCAAAGCUUUGGUGUUUGAUGCAUACACAUUUAGGAUCGCUAUGUCAUCUUGGUCCAUUGACCCUUUCACCAUUGUGUAAUACCCCUUCUUGCCCUGUACAUUGGCUUUGAAGUAUACUUUAAAUGAUAUUAAUAUAGUGUCUGGUGCAUUUUUUGGUUAAUGUUCGCAUGGUUUUAUAUUUUUCCGUAAUUUCGUUUUCAACCUUAUCUAUAUAUCAUCACAUUUAAAGUAAGUUUCUGUGAAUAGCAUAUACUUGGGUCAUGCUUUCUUUUUAUCCACUUUACUAAUUUCUGGUUUUAAAUUGACAUAUUUAGACCAUUUAAAUUUUUUUUAAAAUAUGUUUUUAUUGAUUUUUUUACAGAGAGAAGGGGAGAGGGAUAGAGAGCUAGAAACAUCGAUCAGCUGCCUCUUGCACGCUCCCCACUGGGAAUGUGUCCACAACAAGGGUACAUGCCCUUGACUGGAAUCAAACCCGGGGCCCUUCAGUCCGCAGGCCGACGCUCUAUCCACUGAGCCAAACCAGUUAGGGCUAGACCAUUUAAAUUUAAAAUUAUUUUUGAUAUGUUAGGGCUUAAGUCUGCCAUUUUAUGAUUUUGUUUUUGUUUCCUUCUUGUUGCUCCCUGUUGUUGUGUUGGCUUCCUGUGGUUACUUUAAUUUUGAGAAUUCUGUAUGACACAUCUAUGAUGUGGUUGAGUAUAUCUCUCUGUAUUGUAGCACUCACACUAGGUAUUGUAUGUACAUGACAUCACAGCUACAUCAUCAACAUUUGAGCCCUUUGAGGUGUAGAAACCUCAUUUUCAUUGGGUCCCUUCACACUCCCCAUUCCUUCUUUUUUUUUUUUUCUUCCUAUCCCUCUGGUCAUAAUCUUGGGACCAAAAGGGUACAUACAAAGUCACCUUACACUCCGCAUUCUUUAAAAUAACUGUCUUAAGUAUUUGCAGACACUGAGCAUCCUACUUGGUGAUUGGUUUGUUCCACCUUUGAACCAUUUUUACAAACCUCGAGAGAAGCAGCCUGUUCACCUUCACUUUUACCCAUUCCGUGUGCUUUCCUUUUUCCUGAAAUCCCAGGGUUUCUCCUGUUAACGUUUCCUUUCUUUUUCACCAACUCCUAUCCCUUCUGGGGUAGGUCUUUCUGAUAACAAAUGGUUUCGUUUUUCUUCAUUUAAAAAUGUCGCCCUAACCAGUUUGGCUCAGUGGAUAGGGCGUCGGCCUGCGGACUGAAAAGGGUCCCAGGUUCGAUUCCGGUCAAGGGCAUGUACCUUGGUUGUGGGCACAUCCCCAGUAGGGAGUGUGCAGGUGGCAGCUGAUGGAUGUUUCUCUCUCAUCGAUGUUUCUGAUCUCUCUAUCCCUCUCCCUUCCUCUCUGUAAAAAAUCAAUAAAAAUAUAUAUUUUUAAAAAAUGUCGUUACGCGCCCUUUAUUCUCCAAGGAUGUUUCUGUGGGAUCUAGGAUUUGGGAUCGGCGCUUUGACUACUUGAAAAGCAUGUUGUGUCCUGUCUCCCUUGGUCUCAGCUGCGGAAUCUGCCGCCGUUGGACCCACGGUUCCCCUCUGCAGUGCCCCCUUCCUGUGGAGCGGCUUUCAGAGCGGUUCUGUCUUUGCACAUAAAGCCCAGACGUUUGGUUAGGAUGUCGCCUGGCGUGACGUUUGGGAGGGUUUAUGCUGUGUGUUUGCUCGGCUUUUCCAAUCUGUUGGUGUAGGCCCUUUGCCAAAUUUGGGGACUUUCUAGUUAUUAAUUCUUCUGAUACUUCCUUCGACCCCACACUCUCUCCUUCCUUUCGGGGACUUCAGUCACGUGCACAGUAGAUCUCUUGUGUUUGCCCCUGAGUCCUUCAGGCUCGCCUCUACAUCCGCCGCUCCCCCCCCCAUCUGUUUUUCCCUGUCGCUCAGGCCGAUUAAUUCCCUUUUAUCUUUCUUUCAGCUCCCUGAUUUCUUCUCUCUCUCAUAUCUAAUCCGUUGAGCUCACCCAGUGAGUUUGCAUUUUGCAUUUUUCCAUCGUCUAAUUUUCAUUUGGUCCUCUUAUACCUCUUCUCUUCCUUUGCUCGUUCAUAAUGCCAGGGAAGGACUCCGAGGACACGGGCCAAACCGCAGUAGUCCAAAGCCAUGGUCCUCGGGAGGAAUGGAAGGCCUGGAGUCCCCAUGUCGGUGUCCGUCCACAAGUAUUUCUUCAGAACAAUACGAUAGAGGCGAUCGCCUGAGCGUCCAGAGCUGUGCUCGCCAGGAAAGCUUCCUGUGAAACCCUGUUCCAGCCUCAGAGGAGAAGGCGUCAGUCCUCUUCCAGGAUCGCUCUUCCCUCUCGGGCUGAACACGUGCCACCUCUCCCCGGUUGGUCUAAGACCUCCGCUUGCUUUUACGCCCCCACUGCUUGGUCUUUAACUUUUCCCUCUUUAUCCCCUUCUAGCCUCAUAAUCGAUACCUGCGUUCAAGUCCCUUUCUGCCCCACAUGCCCGUUGAGCUCUGCCAGCCUCCCUUCUCUCUCUGACACAUUCUGUGUCGCUCUUGUGUCUGCUUUUGCCCCCUCGUCCUCCCAUCCCUUUCACUCCACUGACAGCUGGGGAGUGGAAUGGUCUCUGUCGCCCUGCCCGCUGUGGCUCAGUUGCUUGGGUGGCAUCCGGUGCACCAGGUUGCUGGUUUGAUUCUGGGUCAAGGGCACGUGCCCAGGUCGCGGACUCGAUCCCCAGUAGGGGGCGUGCGGGAGGCAGCCGAUCAAUGUUGUGCUCUCACAUAGAUGUUUCUAUCUCCCUCUGUCUCUCUAAAAAUCAGUAAACUGUUUUUAAUGGCCUCUGCCACCUUCUGCUGACUUAAGCAGGUCUCACUGAGCUCCCUCUGCCCCUUCCCCUCCCCAUCCCCCACCCCCAUUAUCGGGCCUUUCACGGCUGCCCUCCUCUCUGGCUUGAAGGUCCUUUCCUGGUUUCCUUGAGCUCCUUCCCUUCUUCUUCAGAGGACCCGUGUCUUCCAUCUGUUGAACCGUUGUGCUUCCUAGGACCCACCCACGGCCAUUGCUUUCUCACGUGGGAUGCGUUCCACGGGCGCGCCGAGUCCCUCAAGGCAUUUUACUCACCAUGAUCUACACUUCCAACCCGUACCUCCAGGUUCCGUGUUUCUCAUGUCUGUUACCUAUCGGUCAUCCACACCUUCUCCUCCGAAUGCAUACACUCUGUGUGCUUAUGCGUGUGUCAUGUAGCCAAGGUGAUGGAUGCCCCAUAAUAAUCGUAAGAGUGAGCCCUAACCGGUGUGGCUCAGUGGAUAGAGCGUCGGCCUGCGGACUCGAGGGUCCCAGGUUCGAUUCCGGUCAAGGGCAUGUGCCUUGGUUGCAGGCACAUCCCCCGUGGGAGAUGUGCAGGAGGCGGCUGAUAGAUGUUUCUAACUCUCUAUCCCUCUCCCUUCCUCUCUGUAAAAAAUCAAUAAAAUAAAAUAAAAAAGUAAGAGUGAGCAGACACAUGGUAUUAGUAUGUGUCAGCCACUAUUGGGAAUGUUUUACACACAUCACCACUUACCCUUUGCAACAUGUCUGUGUGGCAGGUAAUGUUACCCCCAUCUUACCGAUGAGAAAACCUAAGGAACAGGAAGGUUACGGAAUUUCCCCCGAGAUGCGCAAUCGAUGAGGAAGCCGGAGAGUCGGGGUUGGGGGCCGGUGAGGGCGGCUGCAGAGUCCUCGCCCUUCUCACUCUCCUGGGUUUCCUCUCGGGGUCUUCUGGUCACCGUUCAUUUUUACUGAAAUGGGCCAAGGGACGCUCACUUAGCUGCACCCGCCUUUGCUCAUUCGACAGUACACCUCGGCCAUUCUCUCAGGCUGAGCGGGAGAAGCCAAGCUCGCUCUCUAAAGGCUACAGAACCUGCUGUAUCUCUUAGAAAAGACAGACGGUGUCCGGGUUUGAGGUGAGGGGAAGGAUGGGAAGGGCUAAGACGUGUGUUUGGUGAAAGACGUUGUGUUUGAGGAGCCUGGAAGCCAUCAGCGAAUCCCGUCACCUUCUGUCUUCCCUACGCCAGACCUCAGCCACUUUCCCACCAUCCCACAACCAGCCACUGUCUCAUGUUGUGCAUGUUACCUUUUCGUUUCCUUGGUGAACACCAAUACGUGCGUGCGUGCUAGUGAAUGGCCACACAGAACACUAUGUUUUUAUUGUCGCGUCUGGGUCCCUCACAGAGCGGUUAGAUAAAGCAGCGUAUGGAGUCGGUGUAGGGCAUGUUGGCUUCGGAGAGAAACUACCCAGGCUUUUAAGGCCGGAUCGAUAAGACUUGACAAGGCACAGUGGCUACCCCGGGGGUGACCACAGUGGAGACUGAGGACUCGGCGUAUGCGCAUACUCAACAGCUGUGACUUCUUACAGCAAAAGAAUCCAAAGCCAACCCGGCCCAGGGAAAGGGUCAAGGACAGCAGCCCUUGGGGACCAGGGACCCGCGUUCGGAGUUCUGCGGGCUUCAGUGAAGCUUCAUCCGUGAGCGAUGGCCGGACGUGGGGAGCGUCUCCUAGGUGAGCUCAUUAGGAACUCGGCGCCCAGGGAUUUUAUUGGCGCUCUUCGUCUAGAACACAGCCAAGGCUCUAGACGUCCAGAAGAUGGCAGCCGGUCACCAGCGUCCGCCACAUGGCUGCCACACACAGCGGGCACACCGAGCCAUUCGUCCUUCCUGGCAGUGGUGGGAAACCUCACGUUCCAAACUCCACCCGACCCGGCGCAAACCCUGAAGCUCGGAGGAUACCAGUCGAAAGCCUGCGACGUUAACUCUUCCCAGCGGCUAGAACGGGACGUUCGAACACCUAGCGAAUAUGAAACAACAGUUUGCGACAAUAAAAAAUAAGUCACAGCUUUGAGGCGAAGGCUCAUCUACGGGUGAACAAUUGUAACGAAAACCAUCAGUUAAGUCACCGUGGAAAUGCUUACCCGGCCGGAUGGAAUUGAGUGAGGACAAAGUAUGGAGCAUGUGGUGACAAAGGGCCUUGUCUCUCCGAAUAUAUCUACAUAGAUCUGUCUCCAAGGGAUUCGACUUGCAAAUACCCCCUCCAUUGGCCAUUAUUUCUACAAAGAUGUGAUGGCCAGGUUGAAGCUGUGUGUUUCCAUUGCACAGAUGUUAACCAUUUCUCAUUUCCUAUCUGUUCCCACUGUAGGAAUGUGUAGCCUUUGCUUUAAGAAAGAGAAAAUUAAAGAAUAUGGGAUCAUGACAAUUCCUGUAUUAUUAAACGUGCAUGACGUGAGA